GCCAUUGGCAACACGGACACUGUCCACCCCGCUCCUGCCGGUUUCGGUGUCGCUGGCUCUUGGGUUUCCAGGCGGAAUCCGCUCGUUUGUAGCGUCGGGAUGGUGGCUAUUCUAAUGAGCCUGACGUCAGAGGGACACGCUGAUAUAAAAAAGCAAAUCUGAGGAGCUGGUUCAUUCAUAAAGUCAAAGCGGCUGAGCGAGGAGAGGGACACAGGGGCGCUCUUACUACUCCCACAUCACCAUCAUCACCCAUCAGGAGCAAGAGCAGCAGCAGCAGCAGCAGCAGCACCACCACCACCUAUUUUUUUUUUCUUUUUCUGGGUACCAAAGCUGUUCACUUACAACCCAGAAGCUGGAUUCAAAGGGCGACAAAUCCUGGGUCAUCACCGACUGGGAGGACAUGUACCAGGGAUUCUCAGGCGACUUUGACUCGGCUUCUCGUUGCAGCUCUUCCCCCUCGGAGCCUCAGUACCUGUCAUCCGUGGAUUCCUUCAGCCAGAGUGUGGGAAGCCCCACCACCACAGCCCAGGAGUGUACCACGGGCAUUGGGGAGAUGCCAGGAUCCUUUGUGCCAACACUGACUGCCAUCACCACCAGCCAGGAUCUCCAGUGGAUGGUUCAACCGACUGUGAUUUCCUCAGCGGCUCAAUCCCAGGCUCCGCUUCCGGCCCUGCCCCAGCCCAGCAUGGAUCCAUACAACCUCCCCGGGACCAGCUAUUCCACCCCGGGCAUGUGCUCCUAUAGCAGGCCCGAGCCGUCAAAACCCAGCCGGUCCAGCCGCCCUCGGAGGGCACGAGAUGAAACGCUCACCGCUGAGGAGGAGGAGAAACGCCGCGUUCGCCGGGAAAGAAACAAAUUGGCAGCGGCCAAGUGCCGGAACCGUCGCCGGGAGCUGACUGACCGCCUGCAGAGUGAGACGGACCAGCUAGAGGAGGAGAAAGCCGAGCUGCAGUCGCAGAUCGCCGAAUUGCACAAGGAGAAGGAGAGACUAGAGUUCGUGCUGGUGGCGCACAAGCCGGCCUGCAAGAUCCCGUUCCAGGACCCCCUGAGCCCGCAGCCGAGUGCUGCAGCAGUCGAGGUGAGCAGCUCUCUGGCAAUGCCUAGUGUGCUGGAUGGGAAGGAAAAGCCUUUCACCGGGAGCUACCCGUCCGGCUGUGAGCUGCCGGCGGAGGUACCGUUCGCUGGUAGCUCUCUCUAUCCGCACUGUGAGCCUCUCCACACCACCUUUUUCAAUAACACUAGCUCCAACGCCUCAUACACAUCUUCAUUUGUGUUCACCUACCCAGAGGGAAGUAGCUGCGGCCUCAUCCACCAGCGGAACAGCAGCAGUGACCAGCCCUCGGACUCUCUAAGCUCGCCAUCGCUGCUCGCUCUGUAAAACAAAACAAAAACCAACCAACCAAAACACACACACACACACACACACACAGACACAGAACAAAAACCUGCUUUAAACCUCCAACCCUCCAGGAGACAAGAACAACAGCCCCGCAAGCACCUUGCUUAAAUCGACUUUUAAUACCGACUGGACUGGAACCAGAAGAGCCAAGAGGGAGGGAGUGUGUGUGUGUGUGUGUGUGUGUAUGUAUGGGGUGGGGUGGGGUGGGGUGGAGGGGGGUUGUUGGGGUUGGAAAGUUGUAUGUGGGGAGUGUUGGUGGUUGGGGAGGUUGGAGGAGAAGGAGGACCGUCUGCCUAUCAGAUCAGAAGGAAAGAGAAAGGAAAUUGAGGAGGAGGAGGAAGGGGGAAAGAAAAAAGUGAAAUGUGAUGCCCCACGCUGCCGAUCAGCCGUCUUCUCCAUGCUGGCCAGCCCAAGAGGGAGCAGCAGCAGCAGCAGUAGCCCCGGCGUUGAGAGACCAGUCGGACCCGCUUUUGUGUCAUUUUUUUUAAAAAAAAAACAACUCGUACUAUUAUCCACACCAAGGCUUCUGAAUGUACAAUCUGGGAAGCUCCACAUGAAAACUCGGGGUUAGGGGUGGGGGUUUUGGAUGGAUAGACUCCUGGAGAGGGGAGGGGAGGGUAGGGGGCAAGGACAGAGGCUCUACCCCAUUAACUUGUGUUGAUCAAUUUAAAACAAAGAUUGACCUUUAAAAGACAGAUCGAAUUUCCCCCCAGAAUAUUGAACCUUUGGGAGAAUUUGUCUUUCUCUAUAUAUACUGUGAAUCCAGGCAUUUUGUCAAAGAAGUGAAGAUUAGAUUUUUUUUGGAGGGGUGGGUGUUUGGGGUGUUGGAGAGGUGCUUGGUAUUUGGGGUGGGGAAGUUUCCAUCCCACUUAAAAUGAACAUGAUGUGAAACUUUUUAUUAUUUUUUUAAAGACAGCAAUUGUAACUUCGAACUCAGCUGACGGGAAACUGACGGGAUUUUACACUGGACGGGAUGUAGAACCAGCUUUGCACCCCCAUCCUGUGGGAUUCUCCCCAAGGCUGCUUCAAGUUAAAAUUGCUCUCUGACCAUACAUUGGGCACAAACUUGAGGCUACAGGUCCAGUUUCUUUUUUCUUAAAGCGAAGCCAUUAUAGAAAUAGUUUAAUCUUGCAUAUUUUUUUUUUGGCUGCUGCAGAGACUGGAAAGGUGCAUGUGGGCGAGACCAUUUCAAAAUUCCUGACUUAUUCUUGCGGCGAAUGAUCUCUCAUUUUCCCCAGAGAGGCAAACACCAUUUAUUGCCCCCUUUCUCUGCACUGUAUUCCCUCCUCCCCAACCAGUGCAUAGUUACAACUUGCAGCCCUGUCUGAACAUUGAGUCUGUAUGAUGCCCCUCCUAGCUGAACAGCCGACUACAGCAAAAAUUGGCCCUUGGGCGAGACGUAGAAGGGUGCUGGUGGAAUUGAUUCCCCGGACGACUGGAGAAGGUAUGGAUAGAGAAUAUUUGCGGGCGUUGGCGGGUGGGGGUUGUGAGUGGGGAGGAACUGGGUCAACUCAGUACCAUCUUGGGCCAGUCUAGUAAGGACAAGGAAGCUCCUUUAUAACCGGGGCAGAGUCUGAUCUUCAGCGCCCUGUAACAAUGGCAGUUGGGUAUAGAGAUUUCUGCCAUUGCCAACUUCCCCCACGCCCCUUAACACACUCCGAAAGCCCCCGCUGGAUCAGAAUUUGAAAGCACCAGCCCAUUCAUAUAGAGGUGGGUGUGAAUGCUAAAUUUGUCAAAUGCAUCUGCAGUAUCUAACCAGCUCUUUAACCAAGUGUUUUUAGCUUGACUUUGAACCACUGAGGUGGGAGGUGAGGCAGCAACUGCAUCUGUCUUCAUUCCAAUAUGGCAUGACCUGAAAUGCAUCGGAAUGCAAGGCGAGUGGUUUGAUCCCACCUCCCAUUUAAGCAUUGUGCUAAACCCCGAGCACUUUUUUUAAAAUUGCUUUUUUUUUAAGUUAUUGUAUUUUAAUCAAUAUUUAAUAUAUACAAACGCAGAUCAAUUUCCAUAUUUUAUCAAUGUAGUGAAUUGCAAUGAUAUACUUAACGUUCUCGUUGUGCUUUUACAAAUGGCUGGCAGCACUGACUCAUGUUGGUGACUUGUCGGGUGGGGUCCCCCACCCCCCCGUUGGCACGGUAACUCGAGGGUGCUGCUGACUGCCCAGGAUCCUACCCACAUUCCGUGCCAGGGAUGGCACACAAAGGGGUUGUGGCACUGCACCCCAGGGACAGUCCCAUUCCUUCAUGGGACAAGAGGCAGGGAGGAAGCCUGACCUGUCCAGCACCUCACCCCCACCCCAUCCCACCCCACCCUACCCCCCACCAAUGUGCUUCCUGCAGGGCUUGGCACUGAAGGAUGAAGGACGUUGCAUUACAUGCUGGCUCACAGCCUCCCUAAAGCAGCAUUUUUUUUUAUAUAUACAUAUUUUUUUUUUAUAUUUUAAUAUUUAUUAUUAACUUCUGGCCGUGGGUUAAAACCGAGCAGCACUUUCUUUUCCAAAAGGAAGAAACUUGCAAAAUAAAAUCAGAUUGAAUUCAAAACUUUACUGUGCAAAAUAUCUGGAGCCAUAUAUAAAAAAAAUCCUGCCUUGUGAAAAAAAGAUUCUCUUGAAGGGGUAGGGGUGAGGGGAAGCCACAGCUAGUCCUGUUCUGUGCCAGACAGUCGUAUAUAUGAAGCUACUGACCUUAUUCCUUUUUUCUCCCCCCAAACCCCUCCCACCA